AACCUCUCAACGACGCUGGUCGGUUGAGUGACUAUUAAAUGUAAAUGACACAUUCUUUGAUUAAAUAUGAACAUACAGAUCCAUAAACUAUCAUUCAUGAUAUAUUUUACGUCUAUUAUUUACUUUUCAACUCGAAAAAAUAUGAGAAAUUAAAACCUCGUGUUCGUGCAGUGACACAUAACCUUAAAAUAGUAGUAAACACGCUGACAUCGGCAAGCGUUUACUAGCCGAAAUGAACGUUUUAUUUAAGAAUAAACGAAUUUAAAACUGCCGUAAUUUGAAUAAUUAGUAAAUGAACUGAAACCAGUCAUCAGUGAAAUUGUGACGGUACCGGAUUAGCAUUUUUGUUGUGAAUAUCGCUUUUUUUGCUCCAAAAUGCCUACUUGGAGCCAAAUUCAAACGCAACUCCGAAAUCCAAACAACCCGGUUGUAUUUUUCGAUGUUUCUGUCGGAACCACAGAGAUUGGACGUAUGAUUUUUGAACUCUUCGAGGACGUAUGCCCAAAAACAUCCGAGAAUUUUCGUCAAUUUUGCACCGGGGAGUACAGAAAGGAUGGAGUACCUCUGGGAUUCAAAGGUGCGAUUUUUCAUCGGGUGAUCAAGGAUUUUAUGAUCCAGGGAGGAGAUUUCGUGAAUGGAGAUGGAACUGGCGUGCUGAGUAUUUAUGGGGGAGCAACCUUCGCAGACGAGAAUUUUACCCUGAAACAUGAUUCUCCAGGUUUAUUGUCAAUGGCAAACAGUGGGAAGGACACGAAUGGGUGUCAGUUUUUCAUCACGUGUGCAAAGUGUAAUUUCCUCGAUGGGAAACACGUCGUUUUUGGCAGAGUGAUCGAUGGACUCCUGGUAAUGAGAAAAGUAGAAAAUGUACCUACGGGACCAAAUAACAAACCUAAGAUUCCUGUGACUAUUUCGCAGUGUGGUCAGAUGUAAAGUUUGUAACUCCGUGUAAGCUCUUUUUAUUAAAUACUAAUUUUAUUAAGUAUA